UAAAGUUAACAGUACUGUAGACCCUGGUGUCCACGGCUGUCCAGGAGGACAUGGUGUCUCACAGGCAGAAGCGGCUGUGGAAGCUGGUGGAGGAGGGCAGGUUACUGAAGCUGAAGUCCUACCUGAAGAAACAUCUGGACCUAGAUGUGAACUUCAGCCGGGGUCCGAAGGGGUGGAGCCCGCUGCAUUUGGCCUGUCACCGGGGGGGGGACGCCGUCCUGCGGGUCCUGCUGCACCACGGAGCCGGUGUCCUCCAGAAGGACAGCAAAGGAGACACAGCCCUGCAUGUGGCCGCUAACAGGGUUCUGGAACACGGAAGAACAGCUUAUGAUGACCUGGUUCUACCUUUGAAGAACAUCUGUCCAGAAGCCAUGGAUGUCCCGAACAGUGCAGGAGUCACCCCUGGAGACCUGCUGAAGUGGAUCACACAUCCAGGGGCUUCAGUCCAUCACAGUCAUCCAUCUGAACCAGACCCUGAGAAGGAGUGGAUGGAGAAGCUGUUUGAUGAAUGCGAGGACGAGUUUUUUGAAAGUUUUGGAGUCUAUGAUGCUGAUGAUUUCCUUCCGGUUGAUGAAGAUGAGGAAGACUUCGGGGACUGGGCUGAUCGCAUUAGAAGAGAAUACUUUGAUAAAAAACACGCUGAAGCUCAAAGACUUGCAGCGUCAUCAUCUGGGUGGAAAAGGAAGAAGAGCAAACAGGAGGCAGAACAGGAAGAGAAAAGCCGUAAGGAGCUGCACGAAGAGUAUCUGAAACGAGAAGCUCAGAAGAAGGAGGAGACCCGUCAGGGCAGGAAACGGCGGUAUGAGGAGCGGUGCGCGGCGGCGUUCCACAGCGGCUCCUCAGCACCAAACACAAAGUUGAGCUACAAAGACAUCCCAUGGCCGGCUCCACACGGCACUGUGCAGGAGAUGGUGGACGUGAUGCUCCACGGCGUCGACCCAAAGAAUGUGUCCGCCUUUCGGAAAAUGGUUCUGAAGCAGCAGGUUCUGUGGCAUCCGGAUAAGUUUGCUCAGCGAUGUGAAGCUCGUUUAGAAGAAAAGGACAAACAGCGAAUCCUGGAAACAGUGACUGCUCUGUCCCAGGAGCUGAACAGACGGGCCCAGAGUGUCCGGACUUAAACCCAGGCGGGUCCAGAGUGUCCAGACUUAAACCCAAACGGGUCCAGAGUGUCUGGACUUAAACCCAGGCAGGUCCAGAGUGUCCGGACUUAAACCCAGGUGGGUCCAGACUGUCUGGACUUAAACCCAGGCCGGUCCAGAGUAUCCGGACUGAAACCCAGGCUGGUCCUCUUCUGUGGGCUGUGGUUUAGUCCAGGACCUGCUGGUCUAGUGGAACUGUGCUCUGGGGCAGAUGGUCCAUGUCCCUGUGGUCUGUUCUGUGUCUUUUUUAUUAAAUCUACAUAAUUUAAACAUGCUCUCCAUCCUUCUGCAGCUCACAGCAUCUCAGGCACUGGUUUAGUUUAGAGUCUUUUAAAAAGUGUGGGCUAAUGUUUCAUUUUGGAUCCAUUUAUGAGAACAACAUGUUUUAUACAUUUGAAUAAAGUCAAUAAAGUGAUGUUCAUUUUCAGUCCCUGUGUCACACAGCAGGAAUUUCAGUAUUUUUACCCUUAAAUGUUCUUAGUGUCAGUUGUACCAUGUGUCAUGUGACAGUACUUACUCAGACCUAUUCAUACAUGUAUUCAACAGAUCAGUUAUUGAGUUUAAACACAGACACUGUUGAACAGGACAUGGGUCCAUGUGGAACCACUGGAUCUGGACCUGCCAUUGUUAUUUCUAUUUUCUUUCUGUUUUAUUUGGUAAUAAUUCUUAUCUGUGUCCAUUCUGUGUUUGUGCUGCUUCUGGAACCUUCAUUUCCUGGGGUCUGCUCAGAGGAUCAAUAAAGUUCUGUCUGAUCUACCUGA